AUGUUGACAUUUAGUUAAUAAGCCAAGUCUAAACCUUAUGGGCAGAAGCUUUCAAAACGUCAUCAUUUUUGUUCGAAACAAUUGAAUGAUCUACAAUUAAAUUGGAUUCAAUGCGAAUUGAAUAUAAAUACGAUGAAAGAAUAACUUAUGAACCAAUUACUAGUAAAAGUGGCCAAGUUAUAAUCAAAAGUAUAGUCAGUAUGAAGAUAAUAUUUUUAAUAGUUAAUUUUGCAAUUUAUGUGACCUGUGUCCAAUCAUUUUGUGAUUGUGGUCUUGAAGGUAUAAGAUCAAGAAUUUACAAAGGAAAGGUUACUCAGACACACAAGUUUCCUUGGAUUGCUCAUAUAAGAUUUCACACAUCACUUGAAAGUAAAAUCAAUAUAUCAUGCGCUGGGACUUUGGUUGACAAUUAUCAUAUUGUUACUGCAGCUCAUUGCUUAUUUGGUCCAAAUGCAAACUUUUAUCAACCUGAGAAUGUCCAAGUUUAUCUAGGAAUCUUGGACAAAUAUCGAGAUGUCAAGAAAUAUUUGGCUGUUGAGCGAUACAUUUAUGAUGGUCGUUAUGUACCUUCUUCACCAAUGGACUAUGAUAUUGCUAUUUUACGCUUAAAGACACCCGUUCAAUUUUCUGACACCGUUUAUCCAAUUUGUAUUCCAUCUUCGGACGAUCAAAUUUAUCGAAGAUUAACUGUUGCUGGUUGGGGUUAUUUUGAUUUAUCUAGAACUCUAAGUGCAGUUUUAAGAGAAGUUGAUGUUGAUUUUAUUCCAAAAUCAACUUGUAAUCAAAUGAAAUAUGCCUACUAUGCUAAAUAUGCCAUCAGGAAGAGCAAUUUACCAUCAUAUUACGGAUAUAAUGUGCCCCCUGUCCAUGAGAACCACAUUUGUGCUCUUGAUACAUCAACCGAUGGUGGUACAUGUCGAGGUGAUUCGGGUGGACCACUAAUGUUCAAAAAUCCACAAAAUGGUCGAUGGUAUCUGAUUGGUGUUGUUUCUGGUGGUUGGAUUCAGUGUGGAGAAGAAUCGGGUGUUCCUGAUCUAUACACAUCUAUUUCAUCCUAUCGAUCAAUGAUCUUACAAACAGCUUAUGGUGUUUGUGUAAGACCCUAUUAAUUGUUGAGAAAUGAAAACAAUUCAAAUGCUUGUUUAUCCAAUCAAAGUGUGACAUAAUUUUCAAAAUGCAUUAAAAUAUAAAUCUUAUGAAAAAAUA